GAUACAGUCAACGCGGUGUGAAUUUGAAUUUGAAAACGUUUCAGUCGAUGUUUCGAUGUGCUUCAUCUCACCCUGAAAUCACGAGUCCACCAUGAAGUUUAAUAUGAAAAAGGCGGGACCGCUCUUGGCAUGGAUGAACACCGUGUUCCCAGAGAAGCAUGUCUGGGAGUUCGUUCCCAUGAGAGAUGGGAUUCUGCUCCUGAAGAUCUGCUUCAGACUAAGGGGCACGGAGAACACCGCGGAUUUUAAGACUUUAUCCCUUUACGAGAAAGUGGAAAUCAUUUUCAGUGUUUUGCAUGAUGAUUUUCACCUCACCGAAAGACAAAGUUCCCUCAUCUUACAGAAGAUCAGUGGAGGGAUUGACCUGGAGCUUCAGCUCGCUAAGGUGGCGCUUUUGCUUUGUUACUGCGCUUUUAAAAAAGGCAUUCUGCUUCCAAUGGAUACAAAUGUAGAGUCGGAAGUUACAUCCAUGUUUGGUUUUGUAAAAGAUGAUGCUGAUGGUCUGUCUUUAGAGGAAGGCCUAGAUCAGUUUCUAGCCCAAGACUCUUUUAUGAACGUUGUGAACUCUAGCAGCGGAAGCAGCGGCAGCUCGCUGUUAUACACCGAUGACGAGUCUCCGAUCGUAGGCCGGUUUCAACGGCCUCCCAGAGUUCAGUUUCAAGAGCUUUGUACAGUGGCUUCCAGCUCAGACGGCUCUCCAAUGCAGGAUGUUAUGAGCACGCCGCAUUUCCAGCUGAAGAGACUCCGGAAAGAAUUGGCACAUGAGGGAGACGUGAGAGACGAGCUGGAGAAAGAACUGGCCGAUCAGAUCAGCAUCAUCUCAGAGAAGGAGGGUGUGAUUUCGCAGUUACAGCACAGGGUGGAGCGAAUGCUGCGGGAACAAGGAGAGCUGGAGAAGGACCAUAAAGAUGCACUGCUGGAGCUCCAGGAGAAGAACGAGAGUCUUCUUCACCGAGUGCAUGAGGUUCUAAAGCAAUGCCAAGACUUAAAAACAGACAACUCCCAAAAAGAGAGAAAGAUUGAUGAACUGACAGAGGAGAACGGAGCACUUACUGCACAGGUGCGAAAUGUCCUCGCGCAGCUGGCAAGAGCUGAGGAGGAAGUUGCCAAACUCACGCUGGCUCACGAAUCUGCACAGACCGAGUGGAAGAGCAGAAAAGAGUUUCUGGAGAAGGAGCUGAAUGAGGCCGUCACGCACAAGGAGAGUCUGAGUGAGCAAGUUCAGAUACUUCAGGGAAAGAUCUCCGUUCUGGAGGAUGAACUACAGAGAGCUCAAUCUCAAGAGAAAGGAGAGGUUUUGGGGCCCAUCAUGGAGUGGGAGAAGCUUAAACAGGAGUUGGCAGAUCUGACUCUUAAACUCGCUCAGCUUCAGGAUACUAUUUCCUGUCUUGAGAAGGAGAAGGCAGAAGUUGAGGCUUUGCUGGCUGAGGAGAGAGGCUCUUUUGAAAAGGAAACCAAAAGACUCCAAAUGGUGGUGUUCGAUCUAGAACAGUCCAUCAAUAGCAUCCGUUUGGAGAGAGAAACACUGCAGGAGGCUUUACGGACACAGAAGGAAAUGCUCACCAUACAGAUAUCAGCUCUGGAAAGUGACGUUUCUCGCCUGCAACAGGUGGAAGUACAGUUGACAGCAGAGAUCAAAAUCUCUGCAGACCUUCGCCAACAGAGAGAGGAGCUGGAGGGGAAGGUAGCCUCUUUAGAUAAGAUGGUUCAUGCGUUGCAUGCUGAGAUCCAGGGUCUGGAAGUGCAAAGAGCAUCACAGCAGGAUGCUCUAAACGCCCUUAUUGUUGACUUACAAAGUGCCAGAGCCACAGUUCAAGAUUAUGAGAAGAAGCUGGAAGAGCAACAGAAAGUGGUGCAAGAAAAUGAAUCCCUGAAAAAGAAGGCAUGCACAUUGCAGCAAGGUCUUGAUGAGCAUCUGCAAUCCAUUGGAGACCUCCAGGAGCAAAUAAAUAUUCUCAGACAGGAGAAAACAGAGGAGGAGAACAAGGUUAGUCAGGCUUUGACCAAAAUCAAGAGCCUCCAAACACAGAUUCUGGAUCUGUCCCAACAGAUUUCCCUAAAAGAUGAAGAAAUCAGAAAUCUGAAGAGUGAGUAUGACAAUGUAGGUCACGAGCUGAAGCUUGUUAAGGAACAAAAUAUUGAAAUAAAUGAAAUGAUCAAAUCAAAUCGCAAAGAGCAUGAGGACACUGUUAAGAAACUUCAGCAAGAGCUUGACUCUGCUUCUUCAAUUGCUUCAGAAAAGCAAGAAGAAAUGCUGGUUUUGUCAGUGGAGGUAACAACUCUUAAAGAGCAGAUCUGCCGUUACAGUGAAAAUGAAGUGCAGAAACAGAAAGAAUUGUCUGUUUUAGAGGGACAACACAAUGUGUUGAAGGAAAACAUGACUUCUAUUCAGAACCAGUUGGCUGAGGUGACAGCUACAGCUUCACAGAAGGAAUCUGAGCUCCACUUGCUUCAACAGGAGCUUCGUCAUCAAGAAACCCUGAGAGAAAAAGCUCAGGAGCUUGAGAAAGCCAGACGUGAGGAGCUUGAGAGGACUGUGAGUGAGCUUCAGGCCACAAUCCUGGAGGUAACCUCUCUUGCCUCAGAGAGAGAAGCUUGUCUGAGUUCUCUUCAAGAUGAGAUGAAGGAUCAACAAUUAAGAGCCAAACAGUGUGAAGAUGAUCUACGCAAUGAGCUGAUGGAGAAGAUUGGAAAUCUGCAGGAACUACUAAAUACUGCCAAUCAUGAUGCUGCGGACAAAGACCAUCUUCUGCAGUCUUUAAAUCAGAAGCUGAAGCAGGUGGAAUUGCUCUGCCAACAAAAAGAGAAAGAUGUUGAUGAGGUUGAUUAAUGAGAUGAAGAAAUGGAAGGGAGGAUUGUUGAGGAGGAUUAUGAGCUGGAUGAGUGACUGGAUAAUUUAGAAAUGAUGAGAAAUGAAAGAGACCAUCUGUCCACUCAGGUAUCAUCUCUCCAAGAAGAAAUCUGCCGUUCCCAACAAGAAAUGUCUGUGUUACAGGCUGAUUACAAUGUUUUGAAGGAAAACCUGUCUGCUCUUCAGAACCAGUUGGUGGAGGUGACAAAUACAGCUUCCCAAAAGGAAUCUGAACUCCUCUUGCUUCAACAGGAGCUUUCCCAUCAAGCGACCUUAAGAGAAAAAGCUCUGGAGCUUGAGGCAGUCAAGCGUGAAGAGUUUGAGAAAAAGGUGAGUGAGCUUCAGGCCAAAAUUGUAGAGGUCUCCACUCUUGCCUCUCAGAGAGAGGCUCAAGUAAUUUCCCUUCAAAAUGAGAUGAAGGAUCAACAAUCGCGUGCCAAAGAGUCUGAAGAUGAUCUUCGCAGAGAAUUGGAGCAGAAGGUUGGCACACUACAAGGAGAACUGGAUACAGUCAAUCGUUGUGCUGUGGAUAAAGACAAACUGCUGGGCUCUUUGGAUCAAAAGCUCAAAGAGAUGGAAGGGCUUUUCCUUCAAAAAGAGAAAGACGUCCUUGAAAUGCAUCAGGCAAAGGAGGAACUGGAGAAGAGGAUUGUUGAGCUACAUGUUGAGACGCAACAGCUUUCUGAGUGCCAGCAGAAUUUGGAAAAAUUAAGCAAGGAAAGAGACCACUUGUCAACGGAAGUAACUUCUCUUAAAGAGGAAAUUCAUGGCUACCAGGACACUGAAGUGCAGAAGGAACAGGUGAUAUCCGUUUUAGAGGUUGAACGCAACAUGUUAAAGGAGAACAUGGCUGUCCUUGAGAAAAAGUUGGUGGAGGAAACAACUGCAGCUUCACAGAAACAUUCUGAACUUGUCUUGCUUCAAGACAAACUUCACCAGCAAGAGAGCCUUAGAGAAAAGGCUCGGGAGCUUGAGACUGCCAAGCGUGAGGAACUUGAGAUAACGGUUAAUGAACUUCAAGCUAAAAUCCUAGAGGUCUCCACCCUAGCCUCUGAGAGGGAGGCUUGUGUUAAUUCUCUAAAAGAGCAGCUGACAGAUCAGUUGAAGACUAAACAAUCUGAAGAUGAUCUCCGCAAAGUGCUACAAGAGAAGGUUGAAUCCCUUCAAGGACAACUGGAAACUGCCAGUCGAGACGUCUCAGACAAAGACCAACUUCUGGAGACUUUAGAUCAGAAGCUGAAGCAAAUGGAUCUGCUGUGCCAGCAAAAGGAGAAAGAUGUCCAUCAGGUAAAGGAGGACUUGGAGAAGAAGAUUGGCGAGCUUGUUGUUGAGAAACAACAGCUGGUAGAGUGCCAGCAGAAUUUGGAAACGGUGAGAAAGGAAAGAGACAGCCUGUCAACUGAAGUAACCUCACUCAAAGAUGAAAUCCGACAUUUCCAGGAAAAUGAAGUGCAGAAGCAACAGGAGAUUUCUGUUUUAGAGGUUGAACGCAACACAUUAAAGGAGAACCUGGCUACUUUCGAGACACAAGUGGCGGAGGUGACAACUACAGCUUCUCAGAAGGAGUCUGAGCUUCUGUUGCUUCAAAAGGAAGUUUGCGAUCAAGAGAACUUUAAAGAAAAGGCUCAGGAGCUUGAGAAGGAUGUAAGAGAACUUCAAGCUAAAAUACUACAAGCCUCCAAUCUUGACUCUGAGAGGGAAGCUCAAAUAAGUUCUCUUAAAGAUGAAAUAAAUGAUCGGCAGUUAAGGGCCAAACAGUCUGAAGAUGAUCUCCGCAGAGUGCUUGAAGAAAAGAUUACAACCCUACAGAGACAACUAGAAACUACCAGUUGUGACGUCUCAGACAAAGACCAUCUUUUGCAGUCCUUGGAUCAGAAGCUGAAACAGGUGGAACUGCUUUGCCAACAAAAGGAGAAAGAUGUCCUUGAGAUCCAGCACUCAAAGGAAGACCUGGAGAAGAAGAUUGGUGAGCUUCUUGUUGAGAAACAACAAAAGCUGGAGGAGUACCAGCAGAAUUUGGAAAAUGUGAGAAAGGAAAGAGACAACCUAUCAACACAAGUAACCUCACUCAAAGAUGAAAUCCGAAGUUACCAAGAAAGUGAAGUGCAGAAGCAACAGGUGAUUUCUGUUUUAGAGGUUGAACACAACACAUUGAAGGACAACCUGGUUGCUCUUAAGAUGCAAGUGGCGGAGUUGACAACCACAGCUUCUCAGAAGGAAUCUGAAGUUCAAUUGCUUAAAAAGGAGGUUUGUGAGCAAGAGAACGUUAAAGAAAGGGCUCGGGAGCUUGAGAAGGAUGUAAGUGCACUUCAGGCUAAAAUACUAGAGAUUUCCACUCUUGCCUCUGAAAGGGAAGCUCAAAUAAGUUGUCUUAAAGAUGAAAUAAAUGAUCAGCAGUUAAGGGCUAAACAGUCUGAAGAUGAUCUCCGCAGAGUGCUGGAAAAGAAGAUUGAAACCCUUCAGGGACAAUUGGAAACUGGCAGUCGUGACGUCUCAGACAAAGACCAACUUCUUCAGACGUUGGAUCAGAAGCUGAGGAAGAUGGAACUGCUGUGCCAACAAAAGGAGAAAGAUGUGAUUGAGAUCCAACACUCAAAGGAAGAUCUGGAGAAGAGGAUUGUUGAGCUUGAUGCUGACAAACGUCAACUUGAUGGGUUCCAGCAGAAUAUGGAGAUGCUGAGGAAAGAAAGGGAUCACCUGAGUUCUCUCAACCAGUCUGUCCAGAGGGAGUGUGACGCCUCCCAGAAGAUUCGAGCUGAGCUGGAGUUGAAGGUAGAGGAGCAAAAUGGCUCCAUCCUUGCUCUUAAAAAGGUUUCCCAAAAGUGGGAGGAACAGAAUCAGGAACUCCUGGAGCAGCUGAAGACAAAGUCGGAAGCAGUAGAGCACUACAAAGCACAGGUGGAGAAGGCCAAGAAUCACUACAACAGUAAAAAGCAACUGCUGGUGGAGGCUCAGGAGCUGAAUAAAACUCUUGAGCACUCGUUGGAGGCCAGCAAGAAGGAAGUCAAAGCUCUAGAGAUGGAACUGAAACUGACUCGCAUGGAACUAGACCAGGCGAGCAACAAGGAGAAGAACCUUGCGACCAAAGUGAAAAGCUUGGAAGCACAAGUGGACUUUGCUGACAGGCAACUGCGAGAGCAAAAGAUGAUGAUGACCAAUGACAAAGAGAACAUGAGACACAGAGAUAGUCUGUACAACAGAGUCCAAGAGAAACCGCAGGACACCAGUACAGACAGCUUGGAGUUUGACCUGAACGAUUCGCUCAAUGCUAACAGUCGUUCGUCAAUACUGGGUGAAUCCAGCACUCCACUGGUACGUAGUUCUGAGCGUUUGGCCGCUAAACGUCGUGCCUUGGGUGCUGAAUCCCUGGAGACUCUCUACUUCACGCCUAUGAGUCAACAAGGCAACAAGCGUAAAGGGGACCACAAAGAUGCCUUUGAGCACAAACUAGAGUCCAGCAUCACUUCCAUUGGCGAUCUUGUGGUUGACUCUGCAAAGAAGCUCACUGCUUCGGCUCGCAGGCAUCGUACUACGCAGGCUAUCAACAUGGCUAAGAAAACAUCAGGCAGUGCUGAAGGCGAUGAGUCGUUUUAUAGUCUGCACUCUGCCCGAUCUCAGCCCAACUUGGCAGUUCAGCAUUCACGGCCGUUCUCCAUGGACCUCUCGGAGGAAACUGCUGCAGCAACUUUAUCAAAAGCAGACACCCUUCAGCGUCUACCUGGAUAUCGCAAAAGCACCGUGCACAAUGUUGGUUUACCAGGAGCCACCAGUACGUUCUGUAUUGGAGCAGAGAAUGAACCUGAACAUGCUCCAGACGACUGGAUGCGCAUCGCAGAACUGCAGUCGCGAAACAAAGCCUGUCUGCCUCACCUGAAGAGCAGCUACCCGCUGGAGUCCAGGCCCAGUCUGGGACCCUCAUUCACUAUAACGGACGAGGACCUGCGAAUGGGUGACCCAGGUGAGACGAUCCGACGUGCAUCCAUGAUGCCGGGUCAGAUCCAGGAGUCCCUGAACAAUCGCCGCUUCUCCCUUGCGCCAAGUUCGAGCCAGAGCUCUGCCAACUCCCAGCCCCAGCGCGCCACCAUGUUGCCGGGUCAGAUCCGGUCCAGCACCGCUGCUCACCGGGCCGCUCAACUCACAAAAACAAGCUCAAACCUGCGUGCUUCAGAAAAUAAACGCAGCCCGCUGGCUCCCAAACGCCCCGGCUCUCAACUGCAAGACCCAGACACACCUGAGAUGAAGAAGCUGACAAGUUGCUUCCCGCGACCAAUGACACCUAAAGGCAUGUUCGGCAGCAGUCAAAACAGACCUCCAAAGUCGCCGGCCGAUCGAAGGCAAUCUGUGAUGUUCACUGUUGUAAAUACUCCAAAGAACAGCGGUCGUGGUGACAGCAGGCUGCAGCGCGGCCUCAACAAGCUGCGUAACAGCGCCCGCAAAUCUCCCGCCGCGGCCAGUCGUGCCCUGCGUUCAACGGCGGCCGGCAGGUCUCCUCUGGACUCGACUCUGAGAAAGUCUCCCCGAAACAAAUCCCCCAAAUCCUCCAAUGCCAAAAAGAUGAAGAUCAGGAUUAAGGUGUAAAUUUGAGGAUUUUUAACUCCAAAACCAUCUGUGUCCUUUUCUUUUCUUUAUUUGUUUUUCUUUUCUCUUUUCAAAUAAAUUAUUGUUUUAUUAUGGGAUGCAGUGGUCUUAAUUACUGUCCUGUUUAUGUAACUGGCUGUAUAAUAUUUAAGUGUAUUCCUUGUUCUGUAAUAAAGUCUUUUAUAUCAAA